AAACAAGAAGCUUAAGCUAACUUAGAAUCCUUCGCGGUUUUUAUCCCCCUCUCUCUCUACAAAAAUCUGCAUAUCUAUUUAUCUAAACGUCGUCGCUUAAUUAACUUGAAGCUUUGAAGCGGUUUCCCGGCAUCGGAAAACCACUCAUUAUCUCAGCUCUCAUGUUUUCCUAGUUUAAAAAUGGGAUGCGUUCAUGGCAAGGCCACAACUUCCGGAGACCGACGACGGAGUCGUUCAUCCGCCGCAGGAUCUUCAAAUCGUGACCGGAGCUCCGAUGAACCUUCUGUUACAGUUAAUGAGUCUGUUAAUGCUGUUACAAGGACUAAGAAGGAAAGGCAGAGAGCUAAAACCGCCGGUGAUUUACACGUGGAGGUUUUCCCGGCGGAUAAACGGAUUCCAAGGUCGCAAUCGCCGGCGGCUACUCUUAGAUAUGAGCAGGGAUGGCCGUCUUGGUUAAUGGCGGUCGCCGGUGACGCCAUCGGUGAUUGGACUCCUCGGCGAGCUAACACCUUUGAGAAGCUUGAGAAAAUUGGGCAAGGUACGUAUAGCAAUGUAUACAAGGCAAGGGAUCUAAUAACAGGAAAGAUUGUGGCUUUAAAAAAAGUAAGAUUUGAUAAUUUAGAGCCCGAGAGUGUUAAAUUUAUGGCCAGAGAGAUUCUUGUUUUGAGAAGAUUAGAUCAUCCUAAUGUGCUUAAGCUUGAAGGUUUGGUUACUUCAAGAAUGUCUUGUAGUCUUUAUUUGGUUUUUGAGUAUAUGGAUCAUGAUCUCUCAGGACUCGCUGCUCGCCAAGGAGUCAAGUUUAGUGAGGCUCAGGUCAAGUGCUACAUGAAGCAAUUGCUAGCUGGCAUUGAGCACUGCCACCGUCAAGGUGUCUUGCAUCGGGACAUCAAGGGUUCCAAUCUGCUUAUUGAUAAUGAAGGGGUUCUAAAAAUUGCUGAUUUUGGACUGGCGACUUUCUUUGAUCCUGAUCGAAAAGUUCCCAUGACCAGUCGAGUUGUGACCCUUUGGUACCGUCCUCCUGAGCUUCUUCUGGGAGCUACCUAUUAUAGUGUUGGUGUUGACCUUUGGAGUGCUGGCUGCAUUUUGGCAGAGCUACUUGCUGGGAAGCCAAUAAUGCCUGGUCGUACAGAGGUUGAACAACUUCACAAGAUAUUUAAGUUAUGCGGCUCCCCAUCCGAGGAAUACUGGAAGAAAUCGAAACUUCCUAAUGCAACGCUGUUUAAACCUCAGCAGCCGUAUAAACGCUGUUUAUCAGAAACCUUCAAGGAUUUUCCUCCUUCUUCACUACCUCUGAUGGAAAGUCUUCUUUCAAUUGAUCCCGAUAAUCGUGGCACUGCCACUUCAGCUCUAAAUAGAGAAUUCUUUACUACUGAGCCUCUUGCUUGUGAGCCAUCAAGUUUACCCAAGUAUCCUCCUAGUAAAGAAAUGGAUGUGAAGUUGAGAGAAGAGGAAGCAAGAAGGCAAAAAGGCCUAAGCGGAAAAUCAAAUGCUGUUGAUGGUGCUAGAAGAGUUAGAACUCGCGAUCGGGUUGGUAGGGCCGUUCCAGCCCCAGAAGCCAAUGCAGAAAUGUCAUCAAAUUUAGAUAGAUUGAGAGUGAUGGCUCAAGGAAACCCUAAGAGCAAGAGUGAGAAAUUUCCACCACCUCAUCAGGAUGCAGCAGUCGGACAUCAUAUAGAUUCAUCACAUAAAGGCCCUGUAUCAUUUGGUGCAACUGAUACUUCUUUUAACUCGUCUAUAUUCGAUUCAAAAUCUUCAUCAUCCAUUAAAAGUGCGGAGGCUGUCGGGGGCCCUUCCGGAAGAAGAAAAAACAAUAAGGAAGAUCCCAAGAUGGCUCCAUCGCGGAAGUUCAUCCGUCAAUUUAAUCAGUCCUCAAUAGGACUAUCAUUGGAUCUGUUAUUCAAGGGUAAAUCUGAGGUUUUUGGCAGCCGGAGGUAGAGAAAGAAGUUGUUAUGUUGCAAAUUUUUUUCUUCAAUUAGAUGCUCAAUUUUCGUGGUGGGGCUUCAAUAUUUUUGGUUAUUUCCCAUAUUUAAUUAUUGUUCUCAUUUAUUAUAUAAAUAUUGGGUGUAUAAUCCACGCAACAGAGGUCCCAGUGACUGUGUAUAAUCUGCCACUUCUCUUGUACAGCUAUUUUAAGAAGCAAGUGCUUCUUCAAGUCAGAAUGAAAGUGGUUUUGCUCCAA